AUGUUUGGAAUCACAAAGUCCGAACUGAACGGAGAUGAUGGCAAAGCACGGCUCAAGGCUAUCAGAGAUGCGUAUGUCAAGGUGAUCAAUGCCCUGAAAACUGGUCAGGGAAUGCCUCUUACGGACAGCUUUCUUGUCUGUGGUGACACCAGUCUGACACGUACGACCAAUAUGGCGGAUCUGGGACCUUUAGGUGCACCUGAACAAGACUUUACUGCGAUGUAUGGUGCGAAUGGUGUGUGGUACGCCAGCCAGCCCAGGACCCCGGGAUCCGACACCGUAAGGGUAAUCUUUACUACGUUGCCAACUUUCAGUCCUCCUAUUUGUUUUGAUACACGAGCGGGUAAUGCCGGGCAAACCGUCGCGGGACAAACGUUUCAUCCGCGGGCGUUGAGAACGGACCCGAAUGAGGAGAUCCUCAGAGACGCGAUGGACCAGAACGUUCGCAAGAUUGACAAAGGAAAAGACGCCAGCGAGGGGAUCACCUUGAAUCCCGACUUGAUCAAGAACCGUGGCGGAGUUCUUCUACACGAGAUGUUCCACAUGAUCGACACUGACGUGCCGAAUGAGUACAAAUAUGACUAUACUAGAAUUCUGGAUUCUCUGAAUGAUGGGACGGAUAUGCCUGCCGACAAAAACUACAUCUUGUGUGGCACUGACCUGACGUUCACGAGAAACCUUCGGGACAUUGGCCAAGUUGACGGCAGCGACUCCGACUUCCAGUCACUUUAUGGUGCCGGUGUGUGGUAUGCCAAAAGCUCCAAAAAUAAGAACGGCGUCCCGCAAGUAAUCUUCACUGGCCGACCACCACAAUCUCCGGACCCUCAAAAGCCAGGCGUCGGUCAUGGAAUCUGCAUUGACCCAGUAACCCAGAAAAAGGUCGUAGCGCAAACGUUCCAACCAUCAAGCCCCGAAAUAGCCAACGAAGCAAUAGACUUGGGCAUCUACAAAAUUGUUCUUUGCGACGCUAUAUGGGAUCUUCGCGAGGACAUCAUUGCCGACUUCGGGAAAGAUGCAGGUGAAAGGACGCCUGGGACAUCCGCAAAUGCGGAUGACGUAGCCAACCGUGGUGGCUAUCUUCUGCACGAAAUGUUCCACUUGCUUGAUCGUUCCACAGCCUCCACGAAAAAGGAUUGGAGGGACAAGGACACCAAGAUCAGGGAUCAGGAAACACCAGAUGCUUACAAGAUGACUGGUACUAUAUCUCUUACAAAGACAGGCGAUUGGCAGCGGAUUAGCACAAAUCCAGACAAUUAUCGUGUAUUUGCGGACAUGGCUUGGUGGUCAAAAACCAGAUGGCGUGGACUAACGCCUGCUGGGCAAUCGAAACGGCCGGCAGAGGAUGUAUCGGAGGACGACUUAUUUGAGUCGCCCUCUGAUGAAUCUGACUCUGACAGCACUGAUGGAUAG